ACGUGCUGCCACAUAAUAGACAUAUUAUAAAAGAGUGAGGUUGUGAUCUUGUCCAGAAAAAAUAUUGUCGAUACAAAAAAGUAUACCUAUAUGAGAAACUUAUAACUGUUAGAAAUUCAUUUAGAAUCAUUUACCCUUGAUCGAUUUAAAAAGUAUUUUCAAUAAGAAACUUAUCUGGAAAAAUGGUUUCCAAAAUAUGCUCCGCUUUUAUAUUUAUUUUUGCUUUUCUCGAUCAAGAAAUGUGGAGUUCUGCACAAUCUGUGACUAAUGUUUGCUCGGAAUCAAUUGAAACUGGUCAGUGUAAAGCAGCCUUUAAACGUUAUGCUUAUAGUUCAACGGAUAAUCGAUGUGUAAGCUUUGUCUACGGUGGUUGUGGAGCAAACGGAAAUAAUUUCGAAAAUAGGAAUAAAUGUUUAUCAGCUUGUAAGCCAGAUUGUAUCCAACCUCUACAAGUAGAUAAAUGCAGCAGAGCAUCUAAAAUAAGAUAUGGAUAUAAUCCUCAAGAAGAAAAAUGUGUCGAAUUUGCUUACGGAGGAUCUGAACAAAACCCAAACAAUUUUGAAACAAUUGAGAAAUGCCGAGCGCAAUGUGAAUAAGUAUCCAAUGAAUUGCAAUCAAGAGCCAGUUUUUAUGUAUAGAAAAUUUAUUUUUGGCAUACAUGCAUUCAUGUGAAUAAUUCAAAUAUGGUACUGGUAGGAAUUUCUUAUCCAUAAAAAGGACAAUUUAUGUAAAACAAACAUCUAGAGCAAUUUGGAUUCAAGUGUAUUACUUUAAGCAUUCGAAUAAAUAUUAUAAAUUGCAUUCUUAAUUUCUGAUUCACUUAGUUCUUAAUAAUGAAUCUUUUUUAUAUAAAGUUUAUUGUUGAAAAAUAGUAAUAGGGAAGUUUACCUUUCACCAGAGAGCGCGAUCUGUUCGGGUCCGAGUUCUAAAUCUAAAUUUAAUAAAUAAGAAAUUUCUUUUUCAUACAAAUUAUUAAUAAAAGCUUAUAGUUCAUUAAAAAAAUAUAUUAAAAGAGUAAGU